AUGAUGAGCAUUGUAAUGUCAAAUAAAACUUCAACAAUUUUGAGGCGCUUAUUUAAGGAAAACCGAACAAAUUAUACAAAUGGGCCUUACAGAAAGAACAUUCCUGGAAAAUGGUACUAUAAUAUUAAUACAGCUACUAAUAAUGACUACGUAAAAAAAUGUAGAGUAAACAUUAGCGAAAGGACGGAAAACAUUAAGGGUGGUGGGGAAAAGGAGGAAAAUGCAAAUAACAACAUAAACGAAAUUGCAAAUAUUAAUGAUAAUAAGUUAAUUAACUUUUUUGAGGAUAAGAAAAAUGGAGAGCCAUAUUUUUCAAAAGAGAGAAAAAGAAAUAUAAUAAUUAAAGAAAGGAAAAAAUCGUUUAUAGAAAACGUUAAGAAGACAUCCUUAUUACAGCUAAAUAUACAAAUUGAAGAACUUAUUUAUGAAGAGUUAUUAAAAUACAAAAAUAUAAAAAAUGUAAUUAUAAUAAAAAAUAAACAGGAGAUAUUGAAAUAUUUAAAUAGCUUUUUAUUAUGUACAAAUAAGGCAAAAUAUUACAUAUUAAAAGUGUUCAUGUUCAGAAUUGUUGAAAGGCUCGAUAGUUAUAAAGUUAAUGAGUUAAUAUAUAUAUUAUAUAUAUAUAAAAAUAAUCUUUUUUUAAAUCCUUUUUUAAUAAUGCACAUAUUAAGUAAAUUGUGUUUUGAUGAGUAUAUACAACAUAUGACUGUUAAUGAAUUUGUAUUUUUAUUAGACAUUUUAAAUAUACCACUUGUUAUGACGAAUAAAUUUGUGCAAAAUGUGCACCAUUAUAUUGACAUAAAUAAGAACAAGUUUAAAUAUAAAGACUAUUUUACUAUAGGCUAUUUUUUUGCCAAAAAUAAUUUGUACAAUGAAACUGUAAUCAAUUACAUUGCUCAUUUUUAUGAACGAUGUGGAGUGCAUUCCUUUUGCGGAACUACAAGCCAGUUGCCAGAAAAUGCUUUAAAUGAUGUGAAAGGUAAAUGUGAAUGUGUUAAACAUAGACAUAAGAGUGGAGAGAAAAACAAAAUGCUCGCAGCUACGCAAAAUAACACACCUAUACCAGAUGUAGGAAACGGUAGGACUCAUCCCCUGGUACUUGUGCUUCUUUUCGAAAAUAAUAAAAUGCUUCUUUUUACUAAAGAUAUAUAUAAAGAUUUAUUUAUUUUGUCAAAAUAUGGGUACAGAAAUGUACAUAUAUAUAACAACAUAUUUAAAAUAAUAAUUUUGAAAAGUAAUUAUUUUAAACCAAUUGAAAUUAGCUCCAUUUUGAAUUCACUCAAAAAUUUAAAUUAUUUUAAUAGCUUUUUAUUUUGUAAAUUAAGUGCAAAUAUUAAAAAAAAUUUAAGUCAAUAUAAUACGAACAUAUUAUUGGACUGUUUAAACUGCUUUUCUUAUUUUAAUUAUAAAGACAAUGAAUUGAUAACAAAAAUAUUAGUUACAUUACCAAGGACCAUAUCAACCUACACAUCCAAUAAUUUUAUAAAAUUGGUAUAUUUUUUAAAUAAUUUUUCUCCUUUCUCACCCUAUUUUAUUUUAUUUUUAAAUGAGCAUAUUUUAUGCUUUUCCUCUACACUUGGUAUGCUUCAUUUAAUAUCCCUACUGAAAAUUUGUACUCAUCAAAAUUUAAUUUGCAAGCCAAUCUUUUAUUUGCUAAAAGUAAAGUUAAGCAAGUUCGUUUCUUGCCACUCGCUCUCCAGUUGUUAUGAGCGCAGCGCAGCGGGGAGAGACUCAACAAUCAAAAUAAAUGAGGAAAAUGGAAGUAAUGGGAAUAAGUUCAACAGUGACAACAACUGCAAUAACGCCAAAAAUAUUUAUGAGAUCCUUCUCGUUAUGAAUUUUAUGUCGGUAAGAUACAAAGACCUGCUUAAUAAAUGUGUAGAAAUGAUGUUAAUUCUUCAAAACGAGUUUGGCAAAUUACAGCUCGAAGAAAUAAAAUACCUGACCUGUUCAUGCUGUUACUUCAUACUUAUUAACAAUAGUAACGAUCACCAUUAUGCUGGAGACAUUUUGGCAAACUCGUUACACCUGCACAUUAUUCGUCGAAUUUUUGCCUUUACUGACUCCCGUUUGAUGCAGGAGGGGGACAACAGCAGCAAUGGAAAAGGCGUUAUCGAAUGUAAUAACGAAUGUAGCAACGAAUGUAGCAACGAAUGUAGCAACGAAUGUAGUAACGAAUGUAGUAACGAAUGUAGCAACGAAUGUAGUAACGAAUGUAGCAACGAAUGUAGUAACGAAUGUAGUAACGAAUGUAGUAACGAAUGUAGUAACAAAAGGAGUAUAAUUGACAAGGGAAAUAACGAGAGGGAACAUAGCACCCUCCGUGGUAGGGAUUGCGCGAAUUCACAUUUUGGAGAGUAUAACAAUAACAUGUCGAAUCCCUUAAAAUGUACUCGUAGUACAAAGGAAGAAAAAAUUACCCAUAAUGAAUCAUCGAUUAUUAAUAAAAAUAUGAACAAGUUAGAAGAAAAUAUGGGCGAAAAUAUGUGCAUAAAUGCCUCCCCAAAUAUAUAUGCAAUAAUUAUACUUAGUUUUCUCACCGACUUAGCGUACCAUUCGUCAAAAAACAAAAUUGCAAAUGUUUACAAUUUCAAUAUUGAAUAUAUAAAAAAUAUUUUUUUCAAAAAAAUGAACAAAAUAAAAAAACUCGAUGGUACCAACGACUGUAUAUUUAUGCUUAAAAAAAUGUUUCCCUUAAUUUACUCCCCACAUAUAAAUAAUAUUCAUUUAAAAAAUGUUGAGGCGAAUACAUAUUUUAUAUCGACUUAUUUUGUGGGUCUUUUUCAAAAAGAGGACAAGGAGCUUACAGAAAGUGCACAUGUCAAAAGAGAGAUUUCCUAUCACCAAAAAAGGCUUAAAGAAAUAUAUGAAAUUAUGAAAAGUUUAAAUCAGACAGAUUACAGAUUUAAAUUUAUUAAGGAUGUAAAACAAAAGUCCAUUUUUCUUUAUACCAAUUAUAUAUAUAUAAAAAGUAGUACAAGUAAAAGGAAAAUAGCUAUCUUAUUUGCAACAAAAAAUUACUACUACACUACAAUUAAGCAAAUGGAAAUUGGUUUAAAUAAAAGUGAUGCUUCCAAUAUGCUCGAUACAAAAUGCCUGACCAAGUCAGCAGUAGUACAAUUGGAGUAUUUUAAAAUAUUCUUUGAUGUAGUGUAUUUAGUACCUUUCAAUUUGUGGGAGAUUAUAAACCGGACAGAGAAGAAGCAUUUUUUGGCUACUCUCCUUAGGUUAUGA